GGAGGGAAGAAGCUGCUAGGUGUCUGCAGCGGGCAACACUCAUAUUUGAGGUCUCCACCAUGAUGACAACCAAGAGACUCGACAACUUUGAGGUGGCCUGUGAGUGGGCUUCAUGCGACUUCAAGGGACACACCAUGGAGGAGCUGAGUGACCAUAUGUCGCUGCAUUUAAAGGACUACCUGGGAGAUAAAGAUGCUCUGGAGGAACUGGAUGAGUAUUCUUGUCUCUGGAAUGGAUGUGAAUUUGUCUCCAUGGGCAGCGCUGCAGAGUUGGAGGUCCAUGCUUAUUUCCACAACUACCACGGUAAGCUAAAGUUUGUUGGGUCACAGCUGCUGAAGUCCCGUCCUGACCUGCCAAGCUGCAACCAAGGUCUGCAUAGCAACAACCUGCUUCCCGAAGGAUCAGAUGGAUACGUUUGCCAGUGGGAACAUUGUGAUAGUGCAUUUAACAAUCCGGAGUGGUACUACCGACAUGUAGACAAUCAUGUAGAAAGUGCCGAGCUGCAGUCUCUCCCACAACAACAACAGGCUCUCUUCUGCCAUUGGACAGGCUGCGACGCCUUCUUCAAGAUCAGAUACCGUCUGAGAGAACACAUGCGGAGCCACACUCAGGAAAGACUUGUAGCCUGUCCCACCUGUGGCAGCAUGUUUUCCAGCAACACAAAGCUAUUUGACCAUCUCCACAGGCAGGCCGAGCCAGUGGACUCACUGGUGUGUGAACACUGUGGCAAAGCUUUUUCCAGCGAGAGGCUCUUGAGGGAUCACGUUCGUCAGCAUGUGAAUCAGGUGAAGUGUCCUUUCUGCGACAUGACCUGCACUACUUUGGCAGCUCUUAAAAUCCACAUCAGGUUCCGCCACUGUGAUGAGCGGCCCUUCCCGUGUGACUUCUGUGACAAAAGAUUUAAGAACCAGCGCGACCUACAGAAACACACAGAGGUCCACAAUGAGGGGUCGGUGUACCACUGUACAGUGGAGGGCUGUGAAUAUUUUUGUCACACAUUCCCAACAAUGAACCACCAUUUCAAGAGAGUGCACGAGGUUGGGGGAAUGUCCAAAUAUAAAUGUCAUAUCUGUGAUAAGGUAUUCUCCUGGUGUUACACUCUCACACUUCACCUUCGCAAGAAGCAUGAGCUGAAAUGGCCCUCUGGACAUUCCCGCUUUCGAUACAGAAAGGAUGUAGACGGCUUCCUAAAAGUGAACAUGGUUAGGUUUGAGACUGUGGAAGUGACGAAGGAGAUCAUGAAGAACAUGGCCAAAAAGCCUCAGAGCCUUCGGAAAAGUCAGAGAACCAGCAGCCGUAACAAAAGACCUGCAGUAACACCAGAGAGCGGCAGAAGCUCACCUGCAGGAUCCUCCUCGCCCUCCUCCAGUUCCUCAUCCUCAUACUCCUCAGAACUCUCUGGAGGUGAGGACGUCUCGUCUCAGCCCAGCCCCAGAAGCAGUGACUCUCCUGUGUACUGUGUCAUGAGUACCAUCCCUCACAUUGAGGAUGAACCUGGAGGAAUAGCUCAGGAGGACUGUGACACUAGUGGGACAUCAGGAGCAGUUCAGGCUCUGACGGAGGUGGCGAGGGGCCUGGGCAUGGACGUGGUGUGAUUGUCCACCAUGCACUGCACCAUAGAGCCUGAUUGAUGUAGGCUUUCUUAUAGCUAUUAUGCAAUUGUAUUGUUUUGCCUCUUUUACUAUAUUUUUGCAGUGGAGCUGUCAGUGAAGUCUUCACUGGGACUAUAUUUGUGGGCCAAAGCUUCUGAAUGUUCUUCAGCACUUUUAAAGUGAUGUUACAUUCAUUUCCUGUCAUAUCUCUGUCUGGAGAACACAGUUUCACUAUCACAGCUCUUAGUAACUCUAAUGCCUUGGCUGAGCUUUGUAAUGUCUCGCAUUUAUAUAAUAUUGCCUGUAAAACAUAGGUUAAUGUUGACAAAGCUUACAUGAAUGUGAUGAGUUAAAAGCACUACAGCGCUAGAUCUACAAAAUGUUAUUCCUUACGCGUUCUUAACACAUCACUUCCAACUUCCAUUUCCUGUGAUUAUUUCCAUGAUGUUGCCGACACAGAGGAUG